AUGUCAGAGGAUCUUGAGUUUUGCGGAACAAUGCAUGGUCACACUGCCAUGGUGACAGCCAUUGCUACUCCAAUGGACAUCAAUAACUCAGAGAUAAUAGUAACAUCAUCGCGUGACAAAUCGAUCAUCGUAUGGGAUCUUACCAAUCAUCUCGACGGCGACUACGGUGUCCCCUGUCUCUGGCUCACCGACCAUUCUGGCUGCGUUCAGGAUGUCACCCUUUCCUCCGACGCACAAUACGCUCUUUCCAGCUCCUGUGACGGCGAACUCCGUCUUUGGGACCUCGCCAACGGCACCUCCCUCCGCCGCUUCAUCGGCCACAAAAAGGAAGUGCUUUCCGUUGCGUUCUCCAUGGAUUACGACCGUCAGAUUGCGUCGGCGUCUCGCGACCGCACGAUCAAACUCUGGAACAUUCGCGGCGAGUGCAAGUACACCGUUGAAGAGAGAGACGAAGAAGACGGAGACGAAGAAGGAGAUGGCCACUCCGAUUGGGUGAACUGCGUCAGGUUCGGGCAUGAGAGUCUUGUUUCUUGUUCAAGGGAUGGCACUGUUAAAGUUUGGGAUUUGAAGUUUAAUAAGAUUGAGCUGAGGCACAACCUUGAUGAUGAUGGCCACAGUACUGGCUAUGUUAACUGCAUUGCUGUUUCACCCGAUGGGUCUGUUUGCGCGAGUGGUGGGGAUGAUGGUGUUAUUCCGAUAUGGGACUUGGAUGAGGGAAAGAGGCUUUUCUCUUUGUAUGUUGAAUCCAACGUUCAUGCACUGUGCUUCUGUCCCACUAGGCAUUGGCUCUGUGCUGCCACUGACCAAAGCAUCAGAAUAUGGGAUUUGGUGAGUGAGGAUAUUCUCCAGGAUUUGAAUGUUCCUAUCGACAUUAAUGAGGAGGGGAAUGAUGAUGAGUCUAUAUACUGUACAAGCUUGAGUUGGAGUGCAGAUGGGAACACUUUGUUCGGUGGCUAUUCUGAUGGUGUUGUCAGAGUUUGGGGAAUUACAACAUACUUGGACAACUUCUCCUUUUUUGAUGACCUUUUAGACUAG